UCGAUACUGUAGUUAAGGCCAAAUCGGCUUUUUUGUUUUGCUAAAACAGGUGGUAUUUUAUACACCAGACGUAUGUAACAGCUUUUAAAAUAAAAUCGAAUGAAAAUUACCGAUCACAAUCUGAUUUAAUCACCAACCUGAUCGAAUCCAAAAUUGUACUCUGUGAGAGGUAUAAUGUUAAUGGAUCUCUUAAGCCGCACUGGUUAUGUACUCUGUGCUUUUAAGUCUUGUCAAUGUCAUUGCUUCUAUGGAUGAUUUUUGACAAUUACUUUAGUUUUUUUUGUAUUUGGAACUGAAUUAUACAAAAUAUAGUAUUAACGUGGUUACUUUUAGUAAAAAUAUCAUGUCACGCAAUAUAGCCGAAGCUGCGAGAAAAUUUCUUCUGCUAGGCCAAUGUGUACCUACUGUUAAACAAAAUGCUACAAAAAUACGCGUUAAGAGGUUAGAAUUGGAUGAAAAUUUAUUAAUGUAUUUCAGAAAAGAUGAAUUCUAUUAUUGUCAUGAUCCAGAUAAAAAAUGUAAGACCGGUGAUAUCGUACUUAUUCAAUCUUUGCCUAAGAAACUGACAAAAUUAAUUACGCACGAAGUCAAAGAGGUUGUUUAUCCAUUUGGGGAUGUAACAGAUCCUAUAACAAAAAAGAAAGUUGCCAAGGAAAGGUACCGAGAAGAUAUUGAAAAAGAGGCUGAAAUAUAUGGCAAAUUAAAAUCUGGAUUUGACUAUAAUAAAGCCCUUCCAAGAGGUUGGCAAGACGGAAAAAAGGACUUUACUUCUAAGCCAACAUAUACCAAAUUUCAUGUUUUUGAUGAAAAUGAUCCUUAUGCUAUCUAGUGAUAAUUUAUAAUAUUUAGUUUUAUGUAAAUAAAAGUAGAAUUAACUGAUAA